ACAAAUUCUAACAACGGGUCAACAAUACAUCUGCUAGAAUAACCAACCCAUAAUCGACCAUGGGUUCCGAGCAGUCCCAGCUGCAGCAAGGCGAGGGUGCCGUCCGGGGCAGUAGCGCCCCCGGAACGCUUCGCUCGGGAAGUUUGCGGACCCAGUCCACGAACGCCACUCCGACGCCAACCCGUUCGUCGGCAGCCGGAGCAAAGCUGCACCGCGGCAAUACGAUCGCCGCCACCGAAAUAUCCUCCCUCAGUCUGGACGACGGCCCUGGGGGAACGGCGGCGGGACCGUCCUUCUCCACGGGGACACCCUCGUCCGCGUACAUCUGUGAUUCACGGCCCGUUUCGCCCCCGAUGAGCGUCUGCUCGGACUCGGACCUGCCGUACAUAUCGUACACCGACAAACCGAUCGGAGACUCGCCCAAAUUACGUAACAAGCAGCAAGCCAAAGGGGGCAAGAUCCGCCCCAGCAGUGUCAUCGUGGGACGCAGCCACGACGGGUCGUCAGCGGGCAUCCGGGGAGGCGUCUCCGGAAUUGGCCGAUCGCGACCUUCCGCGACCGUACCGCAAUCGUCGACGGGCCACAACAUCGUGGUGGUAAAGUCCGCCGCAGUCAAAGAGACCGGCAUCGAGAAGGAUGACGAUAUCGUCCGGCUGCAGAGCGUCCCGAUGUUCCUGCCGGUGAUGCGUGGCUCCCUCUCGCUGCCCGCGAACCGCGAUCCGGAGGUGCUGGAGCGUCUCCAGCCCGCCCACAUGGUCAACAUGUGCAGCCGGCUGCAGUCCCACUUUAACACGUGCGCCACCCAGGUCGCCCAGGAGCAGCAGCAAAUCACCAACAAAAUCAAGGAGACCGACCAGGAAAUCUCCAGCGCCCUCGCACAGCUGGUGCAGAAGCAAAAGCUGUACACGUCGUACGCGGAGACCUUCUCGAAGGUGCGGCUCAUUUCGCAGCAGCUGACGCGCUGCAACGACAUCCUGAACCAGAACAUCGAGAGCAUGGAGUACUUGAACAACCUGCUGGAGCUCGAGGACCGGUUGGAGCCGUUCGUGUGGAAAACGGAGUGAGCUCCGAACAGGCAGGUUUUAGCUUUUAGUGUGUAAAGUUACAGCUGUGGGUUAGAUUUAACACGUUGGAAAAUAUGCGAUUUAGGGCACGAACAAAUCUCAGCUUAAGCAAGAAUGUUAAACUAUGAUUGGAUUGUUUUUGCAGAAAUAUGCAAAACUUGGCAUAAAUCAGUAUUAAAUUGAACAUUUGCAAUCUUUAACUCAAUGCAUUCUCUCACGAAAACACGAAUGAUUAAACUCGGUAACAUAA